UGUUCUCAUACUUUCAGUAUGAGAACUCAUAUUUGUGACAUUUUCCUAUCUUGUAUCUCUUAUGAGCGACAAGCAGGCAAGAAGUAUGAGAAUGAGCAAAUAAACCUUUAACUCGGAACACAAAGAUGUUCACACUGGAGAGCAGCGUUUUACCUCCGUAAUAUGUAAGACAUGCAGAACCUGUCAAACCUGCAAGUGUCCAUAUCUUUCUAACUUUACAGACACUUUGGAAAGGUGGCUGGACUGAAGAUGCAGCCAGGAACGACUGUGUGUGACUUGUUCAGUGACUCACUGUCUGCAAUAUCCCAGGGACGGCUGUGUCUCAGCAUGAAUCUCUCAGUAAGACGUAGAAAAGCAGAGCCCUCCACCUUUAGCUGACCCUCUUUAAGCCCCUCCCUCUGUCUCUCCUUCACUUCUUUGCUGUCUUUAACUUAGGUGGUCAUAGUUCAAGGAAGCUAUUUUGAGCUGAUACACUACUGCUUGGUUCUUUCAUGCUCCUUCGCUGCGUCUUCUACUGCUGCAAGCAUGAAUGUGAGAACUGUUUUCAUCAUACUCCUCCUGGGCUUGGUUGCAAUUCUUGUCUUGGUGUGCAUCUUGGUGUCCAGAGGUGGAAACUGCAAUUCCUUGCCGCCACAGACUUUCCCAGAAUACCGGCAGAGUGAACGGAGUUGGCUUUUUGCUGAUUUGACCCAAGAAGAAAUGCUCCAUGUGGUUCGGUACCUGAAGACGAGUCUUGGGACAACACUGAAAGAUGCUUCUUACGCAAAUCCUUCAGACAACUGCAUUUAUUCCAUUGACCUCCAGUUGCCGCCCAAAGCAACGUCUCUCUCAUACCUCGAUAACGGAGGAAGCCGCCCACCUAGGCAAGCGUUAGCUAUCGUGUACUUUGGUAACCAGUCAGUUCCAAAUAUCACUGAGUUCAUAGUGGGCCCACUGCCAGAACCAUCUUAUCACCAUGAUGUGACAGUGCAGAAGUAUGGAGAGAAGCUACCUUAUUAUCGCAGGCCUCCCCUAAUGGCUGAAUACAAACAGAUGGCAUUCUUUCUGCACCGGGCAGUGUUUCCCACAGCACCAAGCUUCAUGCGUGAAGUCAUGAGCUAUGAUGGGACUAACCUAGCAGCAGUGACUACAUCUCCCCGUGGACUGAGGUCUGGCGAUCGCUCAACGUGGUUAGUCCUGUUCCAAAAUGUCAGUGGUUUCUUCUUGCACCCUGUUGGGCUAGAGAUACUGCUUGAUCACAGUAACCUGGAUGCUUUCCAUUGGAAUGUGACAAAAGUGUUUUACAAUGGCCAGUAUUACAGGGACUUGGCACAUCUGGAGAAAGAUUUCAUGGAGGGGUGUCUGCAUGCGCAGAAGACAAAAAGGGUGCCACGUGAUGGUGGUUUUUCCUCUUUGAAGCCCAGAGUGAACCCUGUUGAGCCAGGCCCUUCACAUUAUGAGUCUUCUGGGGAACGUUAUAAUGUGAGAAACAACCAGGUCUCCUCCUCAUUCUGGAAUUUUGCCUUCAGGAUGGAUCUGAGUAGGGGCCCGAGUCUCUUUGAUAUCAGGUUCAAAGGGCAACGGGUUGUCUAUGAGCUCAGUGUACAGGACACAAUGUCUGUCUAUGGUUCCAGCAACCCUGGUGGGAUGAUAACCCGGUAUAUGGAUGCAAGCUUUGGAAUUGGAUACUUCACAAACUCACUGAUGCGAGGGGUUGACUGCCCAUAUUCUGCCACUUAUGUUGAUGUUUCCUUUUUAGCUCAAUCAGAAAGGCCCAUCCUGACCCGAGAUGCCUUCUGUGUUUUUGAACAAAUCUCGGGGGCUCCACUUCGGCGCCAUUAUUCCAAUCUUUAUUCUCUCUACUACGGAGGACUGCCUAGCACUGCACUGGUCUUGCGCUCUGUGACUACCGUUGGCAAUUAUGACUAUAUCUGGAACUUUGUCUUCUAUCCAAAUGGAGCCAUUGAAAGUAAAGUUUACCCCACGGGCUACAUAAUGUCUUCUUUUCUCCAGGAUGGUGGACUUGAUUUUGGUCACAGGGUUAGUGAUCAUACCCUAGGAACAAUCCACACCCACUUUGUCGGCUACAAGGUGGACCUGGAUAUUGGUGGUGUGAAAAAUUCCUUGAUUUCUAAUGACAUGACCUUUGAGAACAUAAAGGCCCCUUGGAGUCCGGACAAUGAGAUCCGCCAAAUGAAAAUGGUGAAAAAUGUACUGGAUACUGAGGACAAAGCAGCCUUCCGCCUCCAUGACAACAUGCCAAGAUACGUAUAUUUUGCAGCAAAUAGCAAUAACAAAUGGGGACACAAACGUGGCUAUCGCAUCCAGUUGAUCAGCUUUGCUGGGGAUCACCUACCAGAGACGGAUCCUAUGGAGAGAUCUGUUAGCUGGAGCAGGUACAAGCUGGCCGUCACUAAGCGAAAAGAAAACGAACCCUUCAGUACCAGUAUCUAUAACCAGAAUGACCCAUGGACACCUUCAGUUGCCUUUGCUGACUUCAUAAAUAACGAGAGCCUUAUUGAAGAGGACUUGGUUGCCUGGAUCACCACCGGCUUCCUGCACAUUCCACAUGCUGAGGAUGUCCCCAACACCGUGACACUUGGGAAUGCUGUCGGUUUCCUUCUGAGACCUUAUAACUAUUUUGAUGAGGACCCUUCCAUACAUUCUCCCGAUGGAGUAUUCUUCACCAGUGAGCAGGACUUCACUUCCUGUGAUGUCAACCAUAUUGCGUGCCUGCCAAAAACAGCAACGUGUGUGCCCAAACUUCAGCCUUUCACCUUUGAAGGCUUUCAAAAUCUGACAAGACUCUGAGAUCUUCUGUAUUUUGGAUGGCUGGUUAUGUUUGGAGUGGUGGAAACUGUUCACCCUGAUAUCUAAGGACCAUUAGUUCUGAUUUUUUUCUUCUGUUCAGUCAUUUAAAUCUAAACCUUAAGAUUGACCUGCUUGCGUUGUGCACAGUUGUGAACUGGUAAAGAAACUGCAGUUCUUUUUCUCCAUACCAGAUUGUUUAGGUGAACAUCAUAUCGCAUAUUAGUCUGCUUCUCCUAAAUGCUCAUGUUUGUUGGAGAAGCUAAUGGGUAUAUGUAUACACAACUGUGGCCUCCCAGAUGUUUUUUUACCUACAACUGUCAUCAGCCCUAUCCAAACCAGUGGUAAAGAGUUGUGGGAAUUACAUAACAAAAAUACCUUGGAUGCCACCGUUGCCCAUCCUUGAUCUUCGCUAUGGCUUGCUGGACUAAACAAUCAUUUUUUCUCUCCUUUUUUCCCUAUGGACUCAAAUUUUAUAAAGUAGGCUACAGAUGUAAAACAAUAAAUUCCCAGUACCAUCAUCAAAUUUCAAUUCCCAUUAUUUUUUAUUUGUAAACUUGGAAAGUAAUCCAUGUUAACUGAUAUAGACAUGGAAUAUGUUCAUAAUGAGAUUGCAUUAGUUUUGUGCUAAUGAUCUGGAAUAGUCCAAAUGUUGAGAGAUACAGGUCCUUAUCACACAACCCUGUUAUGACGGGUUAUACUGUUGAAAAACCGAUCCAGUUGUACUCACAAUAAUAACUCAUUGAUUCUUUAUAACACACACUUGCCAUGUUUGUGUUGUAAUCACAUGAUUUUGAAGUUUUUUAUCUGCAGUUAUUAUCACCAUCCCAAUUUGAACCACCUCAUGCUGCAUAAUUGGUUUGCUUCCAAUAUAUAGAUAGAGAUAUAUAGUUGUAGUAAUGCUAUUAUGCUAUAUAGUUGAUCUUCCAUGUCCACAAAUUCUGCAUCCACAAAUUCACACCCCCAACCCCAGCUUGAAAAUAUUGCCAAAAUUCUUGAAAACUGUCCUUGGUUUUGCUGUUUUACAUAAGGGACACUUUAUGUAUUUUAUUACAUCAUUGUAUAUAAUGGGAUUUUGAUAUCCAGAGUGGGUCAUACAACCAAAUCUUAAGAAAUACCAAGGGUCCAUUGUCAUUAUACUGUUGCAGCCAGGCCCGUAGCCAGGAUUUUGAUUGGGGGGGGGGGGGUGCUGAGUCUGAGCGAGAGGGGAUCUACCCUAGCAAACCUUUUGUAUCGUUAUCCCAAUACCCCCAUGUAUAUGGGAUAUAUUGAGCAUGGUGAUCAGAUCAUGAUAUGAAUAAACGUAACAGUUUAAAUAAUAAAUGUAAGGCCUUCUUGUGGGCCACCCUGAGAAUUUCGAGGGGGGGGGGUGCUGAAGCUAUGGGCCUGGUUGCAACAUUUCAGUACUCCUAUCAGUGCCAAGGUCUUGCAGAAUUGACCCUCUGCUAUUUUUCAUUAGUGUUUAUCAUGAUAAUAAGUUGUUUCAGACCACCUUGUUUAAACAAAGCAUGUUAUUUGUACUCAUUAAGAUGUAAUAUAGCUAUUACAGUAUGUAAUCAUAAUGCUAUUACACCAUUAGCAAAAAAAUUAAACAUAAUUUUAAAAAGUGA